AACUGCGUCAUUUGCAUUCUCAGUUGUGAGACAAAAGGGCAUUUUUUUUUUCGUGUUCGCCGGGGAUUUAAAAUACAGCAGCUAAGGCUGCGAACGGACAACCCUCAGUAAGCGUAAUUAUAUUUACAUAGGUGGGAAUCCAGGAGGUGUUCUGCAGUUCUGUCAACACAGUUCAUCAGCUGGAAAUAAAGCAGAACCAGGAGGAGAGACUACAAUAUCGUCACGAUGACCCAGAAAAACAUCUCGACAAGACCCAUUGUCAUUGCCAUUAUCGUCGGCGCCAUCAUCAUCGGUGUCGGGUUGGCCAUUGGGCUUGGAGUUGGUCUCAGAGACAGCGAUGAUGACGUCAUCGCACCGGUUGCGAACGGGGAGAAGUACAAGUCCUCGACUGGAACAUUUCAAUACGCUGCCGUGGUCGCGGACUCAGAAGUCUGCUCCGACAUUGGGAAUGACGUGUUGGCUCGACUGCGAGGUAACGCCAUGGAUGCCACUGUAGCCGCCCUGUUCUGUACUGGACUCCUCAGUGCUCACAGCUCGGGAAUUGGAGGAGGUUCUUUCUACACUAUAUACCACAAGUCCAGUAAUACUUUCCACAACGUGGACAGCCGUGAGACGGCCCCAGCUGCCGCUACACAGGACAUGUUCCAAAGUGAGGAGGACCAGCCCAAGUCUCGCCUAGGUGGAAUGGCUGUCGCAGUUCCCGGCGAGGUGCUCGGCCUUUAUGAAGUUCACCAACGAUUUGGCACCGUUCCCUGGAAGAGUCUGGUCAUGCCAACAGUCAAACUUUGUGAGGAGGGAGUCCCGCUGACCGAGGCCACACACAAUGCGCUUGAUAGCAUUCCGGACAAGACUAAGUUUGCGCCAUACUUCAACCCUGACCUGAGUCCAAAAGCGGCUGGUAGUUUGAUCAAAUUGCCAGAACUCGCCCGGACAUUUCGCACCAUCGCUGAUGACCCUUUCUCCUUCUAUAACGGAUCUCUGGCGGCUGAUAUAGUCAGUGACAUUGCUGAUGAAGGGGGCAUAAUCACAGCAGGAGACCUAGCCAACUACACGCUGACGCCAUCGACCCCUACCAACAUGAGUCUACCUGGGGGGUAUCAAGUCUUCUCAACACCCCCGCCAGGCAGUGGACUGGUCCUCAGCUAUAUUCUUGGAAUUUUAUCCGGAUACAACAUGGACCCCAGCAAUAUUGCCACGACUGAGGGGGAAAUACUUACAUAUCAUCGUAUUGUGGAGGCCUUCAAGUUUGCAUUCGGCAAGAGAUCGGAACUUGGGGAUGAUCUUUUUCACGAUAAUUCAGAGAACUAUGUCAACAUGACGUCUCUGGCCGACUGUGAGAAGAUCAGGCAGCGUAUCAGUGACGCGACGACACACGACACCACCUUCUAUAACCCAACCUUCUCCGUGGCCAAUGACAGCGGUACUGCCCACAUCUCCGUCAUAGAUGGUGAAGGGAACGCAGUGUCCGUCACAAGUACAAUUAACACUUAUUUCGGAAGCAAGGUCCGCGGCUCGAGGACUGGUAUCGUGUUCAACAACGAGAUGGACGAUUUCUCCACCCCUGGAACUGUCAACUACUUUGGCCUGCCCGCCUCUCCUGCCAACUUCAUCCAACCAGGCAAACGUCCCAUGUCCUCCAUGUGUCCGGCCAUAGUGUGGGACAACAACGAGCAGAGGGUCAAGAUGGUCUCUGGAGGUGCCGGAGGGAGCAAGAUCACGACUGCUACUGCUUUGAAUAUCAUUGACGUCCUGUGGCUGGGCAUGUCCUUGCCCGAAUCCAUAGACAAGCCAAGACUUCACCACCAGCUCGUACCCCCUGCUGUACAGCUGGAGACAACGUUCAGCAAGGUUAUUGCAGAUGGGUUGAAGGCCAAAGGUCACACCACCCAGGAGCAGUUUGGCAAAUCCGUGAUGCAGGCCAUCUAUGUGCGAGACGACGGCUCGAUUGUGGGAACAGCGGACUACCGCAAGGGAGGAAUACCGAAAGGAUUUUAAGAUAUUUGUGUUAAUCCGGUCGAAAGAUAUAAUCGUUUUGUACCAAGUAGAAGUGUGUACAUGGAAACGUAUGCAUUCGUUUUAGCGUGAAAAUAGUGUGUGUUCGCAUGAAUGAAUAUAAUAUGCACUCGGGAGCAUGAAGGCUAUAUUGAAACUUACGGAUUGAAAUCAUCCGCAUGAGCGCUUAGUAUCUACAGAAACUUUAGCUUGAUGAUAACUGAUAAUUUAUUUCACUAGUAAUUAGGAUUUAUAUAGCUCGAAGCAAGACAAUUGUUGACUUCGAAAAGUAAUUUUAACACACCCGCUACGAGUUUUAAAUCUCACGUGUGAGAAGAGAAAUAUUAUAGAUACCUUGUACUCCACCAGAUGCCAUGUGCGACAUAAACUUGAAUAGGUGCACACAGAAAUGAGUAAGGCAAUAUGACCAAAAGAUUUUACAAAUGAAUAAGAUCGUUUCUGUAAUUGUUACAUGUAUAAGUGUUUCAAUUCAGGGUGUGUUCCAUUUUUCCUCUUGGUUUCUUUUUUCAUUGUUCCUCUCAUAAUCGUAAGAAUGUUCCAUGACGUUGAAGGAUGCUUACAAUCAAUAGGAUAGCACAUAAUAUUUUAGGAGAAACAAAUGAAAGAUUGGAUACGUAUACAGUUUUCGUAAUGUUACAGACCAAAACAAAUCCAAUACAAAAACAAUGUGGUUUUUUAAAUUUGGCAUACUACUGUUAAUGGCAUGAGUAUAUAAAUUAUGAGAUAGUACAUGUUUUCUAGUGUGCUGCAUGUGUGUAUCUUUUUUGCAUGUUCGCACACUCUCACUGUGUGUGUAUAUUUUAGAGACAGAGAGAGAGAGAGAGAGAGAGAGAGAGAGAGAGAGAGAGAGAGAGAGAGAGAGAGAGAGUGAGAGAGAGAAAGAGAGAAAGAGAGAAAGAGAGAGAAACAUGGAGGGAGAGAGAUGGAACCGGAUGGAGAGAUAUGGUUGAGUGACAAGGAGGCGUAGGAAGGGUUAAGAGAAGGGAGGGGAAGAAGAGUGAAGGAGAGACAGCCAGCCAAACAGACAGGGAGAGAGAGAGAGAGAGAGAGAGAGAGAGAGAGAGAGAGAGAGAGAGAGAGAGAGAAGAGAGACAGAGCGACAGACAGACAGACAGACAGACAGACAGAGAGACAGAGAGACUAUUGUGUUAUAAAGACAACUAAGCUUCCUUUCAUGUACAUUGAAUUUUUUUCUAAUUGUUUUCUGAUUUUUAUGACAUCUAAAAUGUUCUACAAAAUAUACUAGAUUCAGUAGAAACAAUGCACGUAUUAUCAUCUACUUUAAAAUACACGGUAUUUUUUACAAAGGCCAAUUUAUGUUAAAAUCUUGAACA